GUUUUCAAAACAUGUAAUGUGUUGGAAAUGACAUGAAGCAUAGGCGAAUGUUGAUGGUAAACCCUAAAGACUCUGCUGCACCGGAAUCCGAUGACCUGUGCUCCGACGAAGACCAAUUGGCACUUGCUUGCAAUGUAAAACUCGAAUUUCAGUUUGAAGAUAUUGAUGCAAGUUGGCCUGUGGUCAAAAGUCGUGGUGGUUGGAAAUUGAGAAGGAAAAGAUGUAGAUGUCGAUCUUGGAUACAAGAAAGAUGGAGGGAUCUCACAAUUGGUAUUGACCAAUUACAGGAAGAAUUAAAAAAUAAAAUGGAGAAGAUGAAGCCAGGCUUGCUGCUGAAGAAGCUGACAGUUUUUGUGACCACUAUUCUGAGGCAGAGUCGAAGUUCAAAAACAUAACCGGAAAAUGGGGCCAAAUAUCAGGUGUUCAGAAACUAAGGUGCAGUUUGUUUUUUAAGAGGUAAAAUGUCUGCAGUUGCGAACCACAUCUGCAGACAUCUGUAGAAAAAGAGGUGGACCAAACCUCUGCAGUCUGCAAGAAAAAGACUUCGUUUUUUUUAACGUAAGUAGACUUCUAAAAUAAACCGGUGGUGGUGUACGGACGGUGGUGGGUGGUGGUGGUGUUUAACCAUCUGCAGACCUUAGAAGAUCUUAAAAGUGGUUGGGCCAAGUCUGCACCAAGAAGAGCUCGCGCGGACAUUUUUUUAAUGAAACGUCUUCAAAAAAACAAACAGUCUACAGAUGGCAAUGUCUGUGCGUGGUCUGCACAGCGCAGACAGAAGAACCUGCGCAGAUCUUUUUUAGAAAAACAAACACCACCUUAUAGUUCUUGUGGUAUGCUUCAGAACUCACUUUCAAUUUAUUGUUGCACAAUUGGUGAUUGUUUUUCUGUUGAUUGGCAGUAUGUUUUACUUCUUUCCCAUUUUUUAGCAACUGUUUAUUAUUAUAUGCUUCUUUGAAUCUUUAUGAACAGCAAUCUUUGAUCCAUAUUCUAUUUGGAUUCUAAAACUAACAGGCUGUGAGGUUUUUGUUAGACUGUUCAGUACCAUAGGUGUGUGACUGUUUGUCAUUUGGAUCUGAAGAACGGUAUGGUACUAUAUGAGGCUUAAAGAGUCAGACACGAAUGAUAUGGAAGUUGGAAUCUUGAUUAAGUGACUGGUUUGGUUUAUAAGAGGAAACAAGAUGUCUUCUCAUCAAAUGCAGGGCAACAAAAGGACUAUAAAUGAUGCUGAAGGAAGAACACUACUAAAUUCUCUGAUCGAAACACCAUGUGCACCGGAAAACACUCCUAAAAGAAGAUGGAAAAAGAACUUCCUUGUUGCACACUCACAAGAUUCAACACCGAAAACAGCAUUAAAUGUCUCAGAAAAUUCCUCAACCAACGAAGAAGUGGUUCAUAAACAUCCCGACUUAUCCAUUCUUAAGCCUCCAUCAAGAUCCGAUGGUUUCAGAACGGGAAAUAAUGUUCUCGAUCUGCUAACCUCAACCAAUGAAGAAGUGGUUCAUAAACAUCCCGACUUAUCCAUCCUUAAGCCUCCAUCAAGAUCCGAUGGUUUCAGAACGGGAAAUAAUGUUCUCGAUCUGCUAAAAAUGACAUCAUCAAUGUUGAUUUCGAAAAUCAAAGAGGGGGCGGUGGAUGCUAAUGAAAUGAUUGAUAUAUCAUCAAAAUCAUUCGAAUACCUGGAUUCAAUUGGUGCCGAUUACACGCCAGUGUACAAUGCGGUCCUUUCUGUAAUCCGUCACCACGUUGAGAAAGAGUCUCUAGCCAAACGAAGACCACAUCGUGCUUUCGAUACAAAAGCCGCGUACGACCAUGCGGCCUUAGAGUUCUCCGAGGCCGAAGAAAGAUACAAUGCGGUUACCAAGGAGCUUAAAGAUGCCGAACAUGAUACCGAUGGAAGUAUAGCUCGCCUUAACGAUCUACAUGAUGAAAUAAAGAAGGCAGAAGAGGAAAAAGAGAAAAACGAGGCCAAACUUGCUGCUGUACAAGCGGUUAAAGUUACUACUGACGAGGUUUAUUCCAAGGCAAAAUCAACGCUCGAGAAAACAGCGCCGAAUUUGUGUGAGGCGCAGAUGGCCGUCGAUGAUUAUGAAAGGCGAAGGAAAGAAACCAAGGAUGGAUUGGAUCAUGCCAUGAAGGAAUUAUUGAGGCUUAAGGACAGUUUAUAAAACCAAGUAUAGUUUCACAAUUGGUGUUUGUUUAUAUGUUGGUAUGUUUCAUUAAUGUUUUUUCUUACACAAUAAGUGUUUAUAUACUCUUA